CAGCGGGGGCGCCUCGGCCGGGGCGGCAGCGGGGCGCCGGAGGGAGCUAGCAGCGUCUGCAGCCGCGCCGGCCGUCCGCGCCCCGGCGCGCUCCGGCUCGGCCAUGGAGCUGCCAGCUGUUGGCGAGCACGUCUUCGCAGUGGAGAGCAUCGAGAAGAAGCGGAUCCGCAAGGGCAGAGUGGAGUAUCUGGUGAAAUGGAGAGGCUGGUCCCCCAAAUAUAACACGUGGGAACCCGAGGAGAACAUCCUGGAUCCCCGGCUGCUGAUCGCCUUCCAGAACAGGGAACGGCAGGAACAGCUGAUGGGAUAUCGGAAGAGAGGGCCGAAGCCCAAACCGCUGGUGGUGCAGGUACCUACCUUUGCCCGUCGUUCCAAUGUGCUGACCGGACUCCAGGACUCCUCGGCUGACAACCGUGCCAAGCUGGAGCUGGGUGGUCAGGGCAAGGGCCAAGGGCACCAGUAUGAGCUCAACAGCAAGAAGCACCACCAGUACCAGCCGCACAGCAAGGAGCGGGCGGGCAAGCCCCCACCGCCCGGCAAGAGCGGCAAAUACUACUACCAGCUCAACAGCAAAAAGCACCACCCCUACCAGCCAGACCCCAAAAUGUAUGACCUGCAGUACCAGGGCGGCCACAAGGAGGCACCCAGCCCCACCUGCCCGGACCUAGGCGCCAAAAGCCACCCACCCGAUAAGUGGGCCCACGGCGGGGGGGCCAAGGGCUACCUGGGAGCUGUGAAGCCCCUGGCCGGUGCGGCCGGGGCUCCAGGCAAGGGUUCCGAGAAGGGUCCCCCCAACGGGAUGACGCCCGCCCCCAAGGAGGCGGUGACGGGCAACGGGAUUGGGGGCAAAAUGAAGAUCGUCAAAAACAAGAACAAGAACGGGCGCAUCGUGAUCGUGAUGAGCAAGUACAUGGAGAACGGCAUGCAGGCGGUGAAGAUCAAGUCCGGUGAGGCAGCCGAGGGCGAGGCGCGCUCCCCCAGCCACAAGAAACGAGCUGCUGAGGAGCGUCACCCCCCGGCCGACAGGACUUUCAAAAAGGCUGCAGGAGCUGAGGAAAAGAAAGCAGAAGCGCCCUCAAAGAGGAGGGAGGAGGAGGUGCCCCGAGCCGUUGACCCGCAGCCCCAGGAGGCCGGCUCCCGAAAGCUCUCCCCUACCAAGGAUGCUUUCAGCGAGCAGCCCCUGCAGCUCACCACCAAGCCUGACCUGCUGGCCUGGGACCCCACCCGCAGCACCCACCUGCCCUCUCACCAUCACCACCACCACCACCACCAUCACCACCACCACGCUGUCGACCUUAAUCUCUCCCACGCGCGCAAGCGCUGCCUCUCGGAGACCAACAGCGAGCGAGAGCCCUGCAAGAAGCGCCUGACGGCGCGCAGCAUCAGUACCCCCACCUGCCUGGGGGGCAGCCCGGCUGCCGAGCGCCCCGCUGACGUGCCCCCCUCUGCCGCCCUCCCGCAGCCGGAGGUCAUCCUGCUGGACUCGGACCUGGAUGAGCCCAUAGACUUGCGCUGCGUCAAGACGCGCGGCGAGGCCGGGGAGCCGCCCAGCGCCCUCCAUGUGAAGCCCGAGGCGCCUGCGACCACGGGAGUGGCAGCUGCGCCGGCGACAGCGGCCGAGAAGCCUCCGGCCGAGGCCCAGGACGAGCCCGAGGAGCCUCUGAGCGAGUUCAAGCCCUUCUUUGGGAAUAUAAUUAUCACCGACGUCACCGCGAACUGCCUCACCGUCACGUUCAAGGAGUACGUGACAGUGUAGCCGGAGGGCGUCGGAAGGGGAAGCACUGUCCCUGGGAGCUUAGCACCUGGGGCCUGGGGGUGGACUCCUCCCUCUCCAACUGCGGGAGAUCCGGCCGGCCCCAGCACGAAAUGCCCAAAGCCGCAGCAACCGCGUCCUUCUGCGUCCCGCUGUAGGGUCCUGGCCGGGGCGCCCGGCCCGCACUGGCGCCUUCCACGCUGUGCCUGCGGGUCUCGCCCCCCACCUGCCCCAUCCCCUCUCCCGUGGACCUCCGGGACUGACAGGGCAGCCACACUCGGUGGUCUCAGAGUUAUAGUAUUAUAUUUUAACCGUGCUAACUUGUCAAGUGCAGACUUUACUCCCGUUUGUACGUGGUGUUAUUAUUGAAAUGUAUUGUUUGAGCUCAAAAGGCCCACCACCCCCUUCGGGCUGAUAUAUAUAUAUUUAUUUGUAGGUAUUUAUAUAUUGAAAUAUAAAAACCUAGAUUUAUGGAGUUUCCUCUAGAUCAUGUUAUAUUCUAUAUCAGACAAACUAUUUUCUGUUGACCUUUCUACCCAUUCAUUCAGUAUUUCAGUUGAUUUCAUUUCCUCCCCUUCCAGGAACUGUAAUACCAGUAACCUUGGUAUAUAUUUUUUGAUACUGUACACAUGGAUGUGUUGUUUCUAUGUGCAAAAAAAAAAAGUUUGUUAAAAGGCUAAACGAGCUCUCUAGAAACUGCUGCUACUAGAAAUGUCUAAACUAUAAGCUUCCAAUUAUUACCUGCUUGAAUGUAAAUAUUAAAUGGAGAUGUUGAAGGUGCA